AUGAAACCAUUUAUAAAAAAGGGUAAUAAUUUAAGCCGAAAGGAAAUUAGAAAAUUGGCUAGAAAACAGAUAAAGAAAAACAAACUUUUGUAUUCCAAGAAAAAAAAAAAAAAUCCAUUUUUGAAAAAAGAAAAAAAACAAGUUACCUUCUCAAAUAAUGAUCAAAUUAUAAUUAAUAGGAACUAUGAAUCUAAUACAAACGAAUUCUUAUCUGAUACAGAUACAAAUUUGAUAAACAAAAAUAAAUUUGUAAAUAAUUCAAAAAAAAAGAAAAAUAAAAUAAAACUAAACAAUAAUUCGAAUUCAUCAUUUAAUUAUUUUAAUAAUAAAAGAAAUUAUUUAGAAGAACAAGAAAGAGACGAUUACUUAUUGUCGUAUUUAUCAAAAAAAUUAAAAAUUAAAAAUGACGAUGGAAGUAAUAAAAAAAAUGAAGAAAAACUUAUAAAAGAAUUAGAAAAGGACGGAUUUGAUACAAGCUUGUUAAAGUUGGCUGAUGUAAUAUUUAAUGAAUCUCAAAAUUAUUUAAAAAAAAAAAAAAUUCAAAAAGGUAACGAUGAUGAAAAAGAAGAUUAUAAUGAAGAUGAUGAAUAUAAUGAUGAUGAUGAAUAUAAUGAUGAUGAUAAAUAUAAUGAUGAUGAUAAAUAUAAUGAUGAUGAUGAAUAUAAUGAUGAUGAUGAAUAUAAUGACGACUAUGAAUAUAAUGAUGAUGAUGCAGAUAAUCAAUUUAAUCCUUGUCAAGAUAAUGAAAAGGAACAACCCCACAAUAUAUUACAAAAUAAUAAUAUAGAUAACGUUAUAGAUAAGAAAGUUUUAAAAAAAAAAAAAAAAAAAAAAUUAGACAAACCUUCUUCAGAUCGUAAUCUAAAUAAUGAUAAAUCCAUUGUUAAGAAAAAAAAAAAAAAAGAAAAAAAAGUUUCAUUUAAUUAUGAAAAUGAUAUAAAGAAAAUGGAAAAGUUUCUAAUGAGUUCUUUAAAUAAAACAUCUGAAUUUAAUAUAAAAAGUAUUAUUGAUGAUAUAUGUAAAUAUUUUCAUGAUAUAGAUAAUGUAGAAUUAAAAUUAUAUUAUAAUAAUAUUUUAAUAAAACAUGUAUCAACAUAUUUUAAGAAUGUUAAUACAACAGAUAUACAUAUAUGUAUGUGUGUUGUUAUUAUAUGUGUGCUAAAUAAUUUAUUAUGUCAAAACAUAUUAUAUGACUUUUUAAAAGAUUUGACAGCUAUAUUUAAAUAUUAUUAUGAAGAUAACGUAAAUUUAAUGAGGAUGAUAGAAAGAGAAAAUGAAAUGAACAAUAAAAUAGAAACACAUUCCACAUGUAAUGUAAAUGAUAUGUAUCCUUUAAAUAUGAAGAAUGAAAAUGAUAUGUUAUCAAAUUCACAAGGAGAAAAUUAUAAAAUAAGCGAAAAAGAACAUGAAAAAUAUCAAAACUUUAAAAUUUUAUUCAGAAAUUUAUUAAAAUGUUUUAGUUUAUUUUAUGCUUUUGGUUAUAUCGAAUUUGAUUUCAUAAUAGACAUUAUCAAUAUAUUAUGUGAACAUAUGAGUAUAAAUAAUGUAGAUAAUAUAAUUAUUGUUUUAAAAAUAUGUGGAAUGAAAUUAAAGGAAGAAGAUGAUAAUAUACAUUUAAAGCAUAUAUCAGAAUAUUUAAAAAAACAAAUUGAACAAUAUAUUGAAUGUAAUAAUAUUCUUCUUGAAAAAAGUAAACUUAGAUUUUUAAUUAAAGAUAUUGAAGAUUUAGAAAAUGGAAAAAUGAAAUUUCAUUUUUUAAAUAAAUUCGAAUUUUUAUUUAGUGUCUUAAAAGAAUAUGAAAAUAAAUAUGUAUAUAAAAAAGGUAUGAUAUCAUUUUCGUUUAUAAAAGUUUUUAAUACUAUAUCAAUACAAGAUAUGAAUGAAGAAAAAAAAAGAGGAGGCAAAAAAAAAGAAAAAAAUAAACAUAAAAAGAAAAAUAUAUGUAACAAUUUACAUACAAAUUUAUCAAAUAAUCAAAUUAAUGAUAUAGAAAAUAAAUCAAAAAUUAACAAAUUAAAUUACUUAAUAGAUCAAGAACAAUUUAAUGAAACACAUUUUAAUAAAUUACUUAAAAAAUAUAAAAUUCAAGGGAUAUUACCAAAAAGAAUAUUUUUAAUUAUUAAAUAUAGUUUAGAUGUAGAUGAAUGUGUCCAUAAUUUAUUAACAGUAUUAAAGAAAAAGAAAAAUAUUCCACAUGUUAUUCAAACUAUUAUACAAAUAAUUUUAUAUAAUAAAAAUUAUAAAGAAUCUUAUGCCAAACUUUUAUGUAAUCUAUCUCAUGUAAAUAAUAGAAUUUAUAUAUUCAGUUUAAAAACUAUUUUUAUUAAUUAUAUAAAAAAUAUAUCUAAUAUGGAUAUUAAAAAUGUUCUCUUUUUGAGUAAAUUGUUUACUUACUUAUUAAAAGAAAAGUUAAUAAACUUUCUAAUUUUUAAACAUAUCAAAAUUGAAGAAAUAAAAAAUCAAGAAAAAACAAAUGAUGAUAUAGAUCAAAAAGCAGAUACAAAUUCUAAUAUAUUCUUUUUUUUAAAAACCAUUUUUAUUUUAAUAUCACUUGAUGAUCAAAAGGAAGAUAAGUUAAAAAAUAAAAAGGUAUGGACUAAUAUUUUACACAUUUUAUAUAAUCAAAAAUUAAGUACAUCCUUAAUUUAUUCUUUUAAAAAUAUAAUUAAAAAGUAUAUAUUUGAUGAAGUAAAAAAUAUACAGAAAGUUUAUCCAAAUUUUAAUAUGAAAUAUAUUGAUCAUUUUUUUAAAUUUUUAGAAAAAAUAAAAAUAAUACAAUAA